AUGAAUCAUCUUUUUCUAAGUUCGAACCCAAAACUUUGCCAUAAAGGCCUUGGCUUUUCCACUGUUUUGAGGUCCCUCUUCUUUUCCACAAAUACCCUAACAAAAGCCUCCACAUCUUCUUUUUCGGUUCGAAAUGAGACUCUUUAUGAUAGGAUCAGAAAAUCAGAAGACAGAAACAUCUCUAUUAUGCCAGUUAUUGAGGAAUGGCUUCAAGACGGCCGAACAAUUUCUCCUGUUGUCCUUCGAAAAUCCAUGGAAUGGCUGCAUAAACGCAAACGCUUUAGCCACUCUCUUGAGGCCCUUCUCUUUAAUCUCUGGCUGACUUGUGAACUGUCAUGUGGAGCUUGUGGGGAGAAGGAGUUGUGGGUUGUGUUGGUGAGUUUGGAGUGA